UAGGCAGGGCCCAAAGCCAAAGUCCGCGCUCGAGGCGACGACAGUAGGUGACGAGACGUGUCCCAGGGGUCGAGCGAUGCCUCCGCUCGUCUGGCCGCUAAUUCGGCAUCAGUAGCGCGAUAAGAGAGUUGGCCGUAGCUCGGGACCGAUUAGCGAGCUCCGGCAAGUCGCUGGAGCCAAGAAAGACGUGAGCGCGAACGAGGGGAAAGAGAGUCCGAGGUCACUAGCCCCUAGAUCCGAGGCAAGGUCAGCGCAGGAGCGUAGCAGAGGAGGCGAGGCGGGGAGAGCGGCGGGAAGUGGAGAAGGCGGUCCCCGUGCUUUUUCCCCUCGACGCUUUCCCGUGGACGGGGACGAUGGUCGUGCCCCCGGCAUGGAAAGCAGUGUUGCGCCCGUGAACCAGUGACUCUUGUGUUGGCGCCUCGUGCGCACAUCCGUGCCGACUCGCGCCUCUCGGCCCUUUAGCGCAACAGCGUCACGAGCUUCCGGGGCCACUUGAUGUGGCACUGACCUCCUGUGUGCAGCCUGGACAUUUGGCGCGCCGUCUUCGAGAACACCAGGGCAGUAUGACGUCGAAGCGGCUAAUUUUGCCGCUACUGAUGGCGUUAAUAAUAUGGGGAAAUUUAAAUUUGGUCAAUGCUUCGUCCAAGUCCGCUUCGUCUUCGCAGUCAGCUUCCGAAGAAUCAAUGUCCUCGAUGAUAAAAAAAACAGCUACUCCAGUAUCAAGCGUCACGGUGGACGAAGCCGGUGCAAGAAAGAAUGUGAUUGCCACGGGAUCGCGUGACACAACGCGACAUCGUGAUCCUCCCGGUUCACCCGUCAAACUCUUCAUGCCCGACGAAUUCCAGUUUUACACACUAAAUGGCUACGGUCAAUUGGUUAUGAAGCAGAUGUCAAAGCAGGAAAUUCAAGGUAUGAUAGCCGCCAGCGUGGGAGGUGUCAAUAUCGUCGACGACGGAGGCAUCUCCCUCAUUAAACCUGGACAGCAGCAACAAACCCAGCUGACCAACGAUACACCAAAGGUAUCUGAUGUAGUGCAGAAUGUGCAGAAGGUGUUAAAAAGUGAACUAAAUAAACCAAAACCAGUUAAUCCAUUAGGCUCUUCGAUACCAGGUAGUGUCAAUAGUCAAUGGACCAACAUGCUGCCAUAUAUUCUAUCCGGUGGUUCGUUAGACCAGCAAGAUAUUUCUCAAGAUGCAAGCGUCAUUUUAUCUACAGCAGACGCCGAUCAUUCCUAUAUGAAUGUAAUGCCUUUGCAAGAUGAUAAACCUGCCAAUAAUAAGUAUGGACCAGGAACAAACUACGUGCAGAUUCAGACUACCUCAAAUGAAGAGAAAAUUAAAUUACCAAGUCAUAAACCGAUAGGGAAUAUUAAUGAAAAGCCAAUAUAUCUUUUAGGAAAUAUGGCUUUAGACAGCGAUAUUUUAGGAGCGCAGGAAGCGUACAUUUUACCAACGGAAGAGAAACCAAAUCGGCCAAUAUUAACGCCUCUCUAUCAAAAAUUGACAACAAAACCAUUUGUUACAAAAGACACUGCCACUAAAGUACACAAUUCGACAAAUGGCAAGCCAACUUUAUAUAUACCAUUAUCAGUUUCAUCUUCGCUUCAACAAAACUCACAAAAUCAUAAAAAUCACAGCCAAUUCGAUAAUUCGCUAAUUCCGAAUGCUGUUACAAAAACAACUACAGAGAAGAGCUUCACAACAUUAUCUUAUGGCGACGCUGAAUCAACGACAAUUGGUGCUCCAGCUAAAAAAUCAACAACUCACAUUUAUUCCAACGAACCAGCAUCAACGAGUGUACCAACCGUUCAAGUGCCUGUUAAUUCAGUUGAGAAGAUAACAAGCUCGACUCAACGUAUAAAUGAACAAACCCCGAUUUUCGAAAUAUUACCGACGAUAUCACCCAACUCCGUUUUAAAUACAAUAAAGGAUGGCUUAUUCGCUACAGAAUUGAACGAAGAGCAUGUCGGUUCUAUUAAAAAACCCGGAGUAAUUUAUGAAUCAUCGACAUCAUACCACACACCAUAUGAUAUUCUAUCCAAGCCAAGUACCAUAAGUCUUAUGUCAACUUCAUCGUACUAUCCGCUACAGACAUCAACGAAAAUAAACCAUCCAAAUGUGGAUUCAUCAACUCAUCAAUCUAUUCAUCAGCCAAUAACUAAAAUCAAUACCAUUAAGCCUAAACAAUCAACUCGCCGUCCUAUAAACGAAAUCGUAACUAAGCAAAGCUUUGUCAAAACCGCGUCAACAUCUAUUUAUAAUUUCUUAAAUGAUAUCGAAACCCGAAUAAGUACAACUCUAACGCCUACAUUAUCUCAUCAGUCGACGUAUGAGGCUGCUAUUGAAUCAACCGAUGUGCCAGAAAUUACUCAACCUCAAAUACUCGAAACUACAACAAAACAAAAUAGUGUAAAUAUAAAAUUAAAUACAAGUCAAUCUAUUCAAAACAUUCAAGAGCCAAUAAGAGCAUCCGUGAUUCAACAAUCGUCAGAGCAUGACAAUGAUUCGAAUAUAUCACUGGUAUCGAAAAAUACGUUUACGGAAAACACUACGAGUGAUUUAUUAAAACUUAAAUUAGAACAGGCAGAAAUUGCCAAGAAUGACAAUUCAAAAACAUCAUCAUAUUAUAAUCAAAUUGACACGACUACUAACAUUAUUGUCAAUGAGAGGAUUAAUCAUACCACUACAUAUUCCGGAGCAGAAACAAAAAAUAACAUGCUUACGAUAAGUAUUGAUACAAAUUUUAAUCAUUCAGAAAUAAGCAAUAUAAUUUCAUCGAGCAACGAACAAAUGACAAAAAAUAAACCAUUUAAUAAGGACGAAGAAACUGUAAUAGAUUCAGAUGUAAAAACAAUGCCACAAAAAUCCAAUAUUAAUAAUAAUUAUCAUUACUAUACUAUUGCUUUAGAAAACGAGACAACAAAGCUCCCUGAAAUAAUAUACACUGAAGCAGAUAAUAUUCCAGUUGCAGUGACAGAAACGUCCCUUCUUGAUAUUUAUCCAAUAAGCGAAUCAAAUAUCGGUGAAUUUAAACAUCCAAAUGAAUCGCUUUUGCCAGCUGACGCUGAUAAUCUUAAAGAAUUAAGCGAUCCUAUUGAAUUUAAAGAAAGUAAUCGAUAUAACGUAACAGAGGGAUCCUUAAAUACACAUAAAAAGGAUAAUAUAACGAAUAAUGCUAGCGUAAAUAAAUCUGAAAAAAUACCAACUUGGAUUUAUAAUGAAAUGACGACUACUCGGUUCAUUCCAAUUGAUGAAACUACCACGGAGUAUUAUGAAAAGAAAUAUGAUUUUAAUGAUGUAAAAAAACCAAUUGCAAAUACGUACGACGAACUAUAUAUUCAUAAACAAGAAGAAACCACUACGCCAUUUAAAGAAAAUUAUACUACUGAUCAAUCCAGCAUUGAUUCGACCGUAGAAUACAACACGCCACUUAACAAAAUUGAGAAUUUAUCGUACACAAAUGACUAUUCUAAGGAGUCAUUGAAUAAAGAUCAAACUAAAAACUCGGCAAACACUUUGAUGGAAAAUAAUACAUCGCAGUAUAAAUAUUCAAAAAAGAAUUUGGAUAAUAAAAGCACAACCCCAACAUAUAUAAGUAAUUAUGAAAUAGAAACUUUAACAAAUGAUAAGCAGACAACAGCGAAUUAUAUUACCGACAAUCAAAAUACAGAUUUUAAUUUCAAUAUUUAUACGCAAUCUUAUUAUGAUGUUACACUCCCAAUAAGAGAGUACAAUAAGUUUUCUCAAACAGUGAGACCGGAAAACGAAAAUACGCUCUUGAAGUCAGUUAAUAAUUCUAAUACAAAAUCGUCAAUGCAACUUUCGACAAUCUUACCUAUUAUUUCCAUGUUGGAAAAUAAUUCGUUAGAAAUCGAGAGCUCUACAUCUAGCAAUGAAAAAUUGGAAAUAAUUACUGAAAAAUCUUCUAUUGAAAAAAACAACAGACCAACUAAAUUUACUACAAAAAUUGCUUACGAUAAGAAGCCAAUACAAUUACAAGAAGAUGAAUUGUCUACGAUUAAAGUUAUUCCUGUAUAUGAUGAUGAUGAUACGUCCAUAUAUAAUUUACCAUCAAAUAAGUUAAAUCAAGUUACGUCUACGACGACGUUUAAUAUUAAGUCAUCUGGAAAUACAGAAAAUGUUUUUAAUAUUACAAAAUUAUCAGCUUUGCCUUCACAUAACAUAAUGCAACAUCUUAAACCCAUAAAUCAGAUAAAUUAUACUUCAGAUUCUUUCGUUCCAAUUAUAUCGCAAAAAUUAAAUUACACUACAAAAAAUACUGUUACUUAUAAUACAGGUUUGCCCAAUUUACGCGAAACAUUCUACAAUUAUAUGAAAGAUCAUUACGAUUCAAAAUUACCUACAACUAACGACUACAACGAAGUAUCACAUUUUACGACGUUUCCAGCUGAUGUCGAUGCCAAUGUUUCAAAUGACACAAGCGACUUACCAACACUAACGACAUUAAAUCAUACAAGAAUCGAUGUAUUUAAACAUCCAACGUUUAUUCCAUUGGACGAGGAGCCACAAUUAAAUACAAAUCCAACUACAGACGUCCCGAAGUACAAUAAUACAGAAUCAAUCAGUGAAUACCUGACUACUGUUGCUUAUAAUUUUGAGAAUUUAGCUAACUCUAAAGCAGAGCAAAAUCCAGAUUCUAUUACGAAAGGCACAAUUUCGAAAGAAAUUUACUCGACUAAAUAUGUUGAUGAUGAUAAUUUUCAAACAUCGACAACGAAAUUUCUUGGAGCGAUUAACAAAGACAGCACCGAAACUCCUAUAAUUUACUUAGAUUUAAAAAAUUCUGAUUCUGAUGAACAAAGCAUUUCUCAUCAAUCAAAUGCCAAUAAUGUGCAUAGCUCAUUAUUUACAAGAAUUAAAAUUAAUAAUCCAGUUAUAGACGUUGAGAAAAUCGUAUCGGAAGCUACAGAUCAAACAAAUACUCCAUCUUUAGUGCAUUAUACUUUAUCUAAUUAUUAUAAGGAACCUAAUAAUAUCGCUAGUGGACUGAUUGCAGGAUACCCGACUUAUGAUCAAGUACAGCCUACGGCAGAAUAUUUCACCGAUUCGACACCAUACGACGUUGGUCGUAGUACUAGCAGUCCAACUACAAACAAGGAUUCAGUAUACGUCUCGUCUAACAAAGGCUUAGAAAAUAUAUCAAAAAUAGAUGAAAAUGUUAGUUACCAAGAAAAGUCAACAACUUUAUUAUUAGAUAACGAUAAAAAUUAUAUGGACAAGACAAGCUCUAUACCAAUUUAUAUAUCAGAAGGUGAAGGGGGUUCGACUUAUAACUACUAUGAAUCUUAUACAUCUGUGCCAUCCGAAUCAAUUCCAAUGUCUAGUAAAACUAAAAUUCCUAGUCAAACUCAAGACAAAUAUGACUCAUCCUUAGAAAAAAUAAGUGACUUGAUCAUGCAAUUACAAGAUAAAACAUUGGAAUCCGAUCGUACAGAAUACGAAUAUUCUAUUGGUGUUACGACAACUGAUAUUCCUUUGGAUAGAGUUGAAACGAUAAGCGAUGAUAGUAAUUUUACGCCUGCCGAUCAUACUUUUACUACAAUAGUCGACAAAAAGGAUAAGACUUCGUUAACAAAGCCAGACAAUAGUACACACUUAAUACAUCAAAAUCUGCCGUUUAGUAGACCUUAUCAAAAUAGUUCAGAAUUAACGGGUCAAUAUCUUACGACAAAAAAAUAUUCUACGUUAGAAACAUCGACUCUAGGCAAUUUAAAAGUUAAAUAUAGUUCUAGCUUGACUACUGUUAUGACUACAGCAAAGCAGCCUGUUACAGCAAAACCUUACAUAAUGUCAACAUACAGCGCAGCCAAAGGAUCAUUUGAAAAGAUUCAAUCUACGAUAGAUAAAUCUGCUGGUAGAAUAAAUCUCGAAGAGGAAAAAAAUAAAAUGCAAACGACUAAGCUUACGGAACAUCCUAAAUUUACUAUAAAGAAUAAAAUUUAUUAUAGUAGCGAUAAAAGGCCUACGAACGAAGGUUCCCAAAGUUAUGUAAAAAAAACAACUAAGCCAGUCAAUAAAAGCACAACUCUUAUUAAAGAGCAGACAACGAGUAAGCCAGUGGCGAUAACAAAAGAGAGCAGUGCCGAGAAAUGGACUCUUAUUCCGCAGAAAAAUCUUGUAAAUCAAACCGUAGAUGUUAAACAAUCCUCGGCAAACAGUAAAGAAGGCUCUCAAAAAUUAAAUCCACAAAUAGUAAGUUUAGAUCACGCGACGGGCGCCAUUGGCUUGGAUCAAAGUAACAAAGCUCUUGAUAAAGAUGUCGUUGAAUUCGUAAACAUGUGCAAUGAAUUGUCAUUGAAAUUCUGGGCCCUAGCGAAUUCAGAACUAAGCUCAUCUAGAUCCAUAACGUUGUCUCCGUUUGGAAUGAUCAGCACUUUGGCAAUGAUAUUUUUAGGUGCACGGGGUCUUACGUCCAAUCAAAUGAAUGAUAUUAUGAAAUUGGACGACGUUGUAACGUUCAAUCCUCAUUUGGUUUUUCAAAAUAUUACCGACACCGUUACUUUAGCACGAGGACAAGGCAUUCAAAAUGCUGCUUUUGUUAGGGCUCUUUUUGCCGAUAGACUAAAGGUUCGCAAAAUAAUGCCCUUUUAUAAAGAGCAAGCUCAGCAAUUUUACGAAGGAGCAGUCGUAGAUAUAAACUUCUCGACUGCUGGUGAUAUUUUAAGGAGGAGGACAAACUUACUCAUUAGAAAGCAAACUGGCGGUAGAAUAAAGGACUUUGUUAAAACGCACACGGUCUCAUUACGAUCACCAUUAACUUCUUUAUCUGCUAACGUAUUUCAAAUGAGCUGCGAUAGCCCGGACGCCAGUUCGGAUGGGAGGGACGGGGAAAUGUAUUUCGCGGUUUCGCAAACGGUCAAGCAACGGAAACUCGUCCCGAUACCCGCUGUUGUAUGGAAAUCCGGAGUGUCAGCUGGAUACGAACCAGGUCUCGAUGCAACGGCAGUGGCAUUAGGCGACGUCCAUAGGCCAGUAUCAUUAAUAAUGGUUAUGCCAGGACAACAAGGACUCACGGCAGCUGGCGAUAAUUUGGAACGAUUGGAGCAGAGAUUAUUUGGCAAUCCGAGCGAUAAUGCGUUAGAGAAAUUACUUAAAGUUAUAGUUCCCAGACGAGUAGACGUUCAGAUACCUAAAUUUAGUCACCGUUCCAUCGUCAAUAUCACGUCUGCACUAAAGAAAUUAGGAUUCGAUCAGCUCUUUGCUAAAACUGCUGAUUUGAAAGGUAUCAAUGGAGCUGGACACGAUCUCUACUUAGCAGAUAUGUUGCAGAUGAAUUUAUUUGCCACGUGCGGCGAUGAAAAUAAAUUAGGUGGUCGACCCUUGAGCGAAACUUUCCCUGGUACGUCAACCAGGCAUACUCGAGCUUGGGAAAUGAUUAAUAAUAUGAAAACUGGUAUUGAUGACUUGGAAAAUAGCGAAUCCGUUAUCACUGAAAUUAAUGAUAAUAUUAAACAUAAUGAGGAGAACGACUGUGACGACUCGUUGACUUCGGAUAAUUCAUCUCGAUUAAAUGAGAGCCCCGAAGCAUUACAUUCGCAAUCCGCUCAAUCGGGAAAGCGAGACACUGAUAAAAGUAAUAUUUUCAGGCAAAAACAAAGGAAAAAGUUAUGGUGGCUCACACCUAUAAAACGCAGACGAUGUAGAAAUCGUAGGCAAGUGGAAAUAGAAAAACCUAGAAUGAAAAUGGACAAACCUUUCCUAUACUUGAUAAGACAUAAUCUUACUGGAUUGAUUCUUCACAUAGGACGAUUCAAUCCAAAAAAUCAAUCCUAAAUUAUAUGACUUCCAAGUAUUAUUAACAUCGUACAUCAAAGAAUAAUUUAAUUAAUUACAUUUUUAGUUGGUUCGCUAAGUUAGAGAAUCUUAGAUGAUAAUUUCAUAAGUCUAUUUA